AUGGCUCGCAAGCAGCGCGCAAAGCUGGCCCAGUCGGUGUCUGCGACGGCAGUGCUCGAUGAUCCAGACCUCCUCAAGAUCAUCCUCGAAUCCGGCGGAAUCGCUGUGAUGCGCUCUUGCGACGGAACACUGUCGGCCCCGCUCGUCUGCAAGGCUUGGUCGACGGUCGCGGCCGCUCUCGCCCGCGAGUGGUGUGUGCUCAAGUGGAACCAUCGCGGGAGCGAAGGGAAACUGCUCGAAGACGGUUCCCCGUUCAGUCUCAUGGGCAUCCACGCCUCCCAGAUCCUGAGCGUGCCCUCGUUGUGCAAGGCCUCGGCUGCGGGCGCCCUGAUGUGCUCGGGCGACACGCUGUCCCUCGUGAAAGUCUCGCGGUCUCUGUCCCCGGUGAAGCAGCACGAGCUUUUCCACGGCAAAGUGCAGCUCAGCAAGGUGUUGGCCGAGGACGUCGGCGGCAUGGUCGUCGCCGGGCCUCACCUGCACAUGACACUUUGCAAUACCAGCCAGAUCGGGACUAUGUGCCUCGCAGACAAGCGCCUCGUUUGCCGCUUUGGCGGGCGGGGCGCAGGCGACGGUCAGCUUCGGCUCGAUGCCCAAACCGGACUCGCACAUUGCGCAAGGCGGGAGCGACUUUUCGUCAGCGACUCAGCCAACAAUCGGGUGGCGGCGCUCCAGACUUCCUCCUCGUCGGCAGAGCUGCUCUGGCUGAGCUCCACGCGCGGCGAGGACUGCGGUGGCAAGUCGAAGAUUCCAUUUCCAACAUCGCUGGCCGUCAUCGGCGACAACAUUGCCGUGAUCAGCGGGAAGCAGCAAAACAAGCUGCUCAUCGUCCCCCUGUGUGCUCGUGACUCCUUUGGCACGCCUCGCCCGCUCGGCGGCAAGGGCACAGCUCUCGGCCCGAUCAAGGGAGGGGUGGUGACGGCCCGUCGCGACCGGCUCUUUCUGGCCAAUGGAUCGUCCACCCACGUGCUCUCAUCCGAGGGAGUCCUCUGGCAGACCAUCUCCGUGAGCGUCCGCAACGGGCCUGCUGUGCCGCGGUGCAUCACCGUGGACGACAAGCGCGCCUACGUCCUCUUCUGGGGCGGCGUGUACAUCGUGGACGCCCACGAGUCGCUCCUCGGCAGCGGCAGCUCGUCGCACUGA